GUCAUCCAGAAGUUGCGAAGCUGUCGCCACCCGCUGUUAUUCCAGUGCCUCGCCUCCACCCUAUCUCAUCAUCAAAGGGGGAGACUUUUGCGCUUGAAUAUAUCCCUUGUAGUCAUUGACUUUCGCCACCUCUUCGUAGUGGUUCGGAUUGUUUAUUAAAGUCUUAUCCACUUUCUACUAUCUGUCUUCUGCCUUCGCCGCCGUGUCUUGGUCAUACAACUUACACUCUUUCGCAUUCAGUUUUUGGAGCUCGGCUCAAAUUUCUUUAGUCGAAGACUGAUAUACAUUCACUGGUGCCCGCCAUGAAGGUCUUCUCAUCAUCAUGUACAUUUGAUUACUCAUGGGAGGAGGUUUCAGCCGCAAACUGGCGCAAAUACUGCCCUUGGAAUGACAAGUCGACACAUGUCGUGGCAGUAGACACACUCUCCCGGAGUGUGGAUUCGAGCACUGGUAUAUUGCGCACCGAACGUUUGAUUACUUGCAAUCAGUCUGUGCCUCAGUGGGUGCUCUCGCUAUUCGGAGGCAGCGCUACGUCCCAUGUUUACGAAGUAUCAUAUGUUGAUCCGGUCUCCAAAGUGGUAACGAUGUGUUCGACAAAUCUCACGUGGUCAAACGUUCUCAGCGUCAGGGAAACUGUCGUCUAUCAGCCCUCACCAUCUGAUCCACACUCUACUACACAGUUCAAUCAAGAAGCGAAGAUUACUGCACUGUGUGGAGGGUGGCAGAAAAUCAAGAACAAAGUCGAGGAGGCGAGUGUGGAACGAUUCAGCCAAAACGCGAAGCGAGGUCGAGAGGGAUUCGAAGCCGUUCUGGAAAUGAGUCGACGAGUUUUCAGUGAACAGCGGGAGCUCGACAGCAACCGACUCUAAUAUUCAUCAUCAUCUCAUCUUGACCCACGCACCAUCUUCUCAUAUUCAAUCAUUGUUAUAUUCUGAGCGUUUGCAUAUACUUGGCGUCAAUUCGAGGUGUCCAUAAGCGUCCGGUGCCAGGGAUUUUCCCUUUCCAUUUCUCGAUUCCACCUAUCGACUUUACAUUUCAAAUCUCCGUUUCACUCAGAGUUUGAGGUAUUUGGAUUCAGCUCAAACGCUUGUUUUAGCUAAACGAGCAUUUACGGCUUGAUGAGGCAUGUCCCCAGCACAAAAGUACUAGAAUUUCGGCUUCAUAUCUUGUCUCCUACUACACCCUGGUUGUCCACCCUGCUGCAGGGUCGUAUCUUUGUAUUAUAAUUGAUCUGAAUAUAAGCUUAUCCAUGUC